AUGGCCUUGCAACAUUUGCCGGAAAAUGAAGCAGAUCAUCCCAUGGACUUACAUGCUAUUGUAUUAUUUCUGUGUGUAUGCUCUCACCUUGUGGGACACGAUGGAAUUGAAGGAGACUGGAGGAGUUUAACUAAAGAGGAAGAUUUGGAGUUGGAGGAGCAACUUAAGCAUCUCAACAAGCCAGCAGUCAAGACUAUACAAAAUAAUUAUGGAGAUAUAUAUGAUUGCGUGGAUUUCUACAAACAGCCUGCAUUUGAUCACCCUUUACUGAAGAACCACACUUUUCAUUUUCAGAUGAAGCCCACUUCAUUACCCAAUAGAUCAAGAGAUCAAGUUUCCUCAAAAGAUAGCAAACCUCUACGUAUAGGACUAAAGGGCGGAGGUUGCCCGAUUGGAACAGUUCCAAUUAGAAGAACUACUAAAGAAGAUCUCAUUAGAAAGAAACUUGCUUCAAAAAUAAUGACUCCGGCAGAUGACACCGGUGGUGCUGAUUAUGCCAUAGUUGAGACAAUAGAUGGUCCAAACAAAUACAGUGGAGCGUCAGCGGUGCUUAGUGUACACCAACCAGAUGUUGUGGGUAAACAAUAUAGUGCAGGGCGAAUGAUGAUUGCAAAUGGGCCUGAUAGCUUACAAUUUGGGUGGAGGGUGGAUCCAUCUUUGUUUGGUGAUGCACGUACUCGACUAUUCAUAUAUACGAAUGCAGGUCAAUCUCAUUGUUUCAAUACAAAUUGUCCUGGAUUUGUGAUUGUGGACACAGAAAUAGCUCUUGGUUCAGGAUUUUCAGAGGUCUCUAUACGUGGAGGGACACCGGUUGCGAUGGAAAUCUACAUCUUGCAAGACCUAGCUAAUGGAAACUGGUGGCUUGGAGCUGCGAAUACUAAUAUCGGAUUUUGGCCAAAGAGCAUACUUGGCGGCGGAUUAGCAAACUUAGCUUCACAUGCUGAAUGGGGAGGAGAGGUAUUUAGUCCACCGGGCACCCCAAAACCUGCAAUGGGAGCAGGUUAUUUUCUAAUUGAGGACACCAGAUAUGAUGCAUACUUCAGGAAUAUUGCACUUAAGAGUCCAAGUGGACAGGAUAUAAUAAAUCCUCAAACAUACGAGUUUACAAACAAUAGAAAACUGUAUGAUGUGAAAGAUGAAGGAUACAGGGGGGCUCACUUUGGGCAUCUGGUACUAUAUGGGGGCCCCGGAGGUUCCUAG